CGCGGUCCCUGCACGUCGGCCCCCGCCCGCCCCGCCCCGCCCCGGCGCGCAUUUCCAUUUUAAACCGCCGCCCGCCCUCCCCUCGGCCGUGGCCGGCACAGCUGCCCGCGAGUCCCAGCUCAGGGAGUGGCGGAGGCUGCGGAGCUGCCGAACUGUGCAGAAAAGGCCUGAAGAUGCGAGCGGGCCCCGCGCCGUAGACAAUGAAGCCGCGGGCGCCGCCGCCCGCCCCGGGCUCCGCGCGCCGCGGCCGCACCUGCCGGCGAGACCGUCUCUGCGCCUGAUCGCCCGCCGCUCCGCCCACCCGCCCCGCCGGCCCAUGGCUCGGCGCCCCGGGCCCGGACCCCCGCACUCGGGCCGCGCCGCGCACGGGCCGGCGGGCGCCAGCGGUGUGGUCCCCGCAGCCUGAGCACAGCCCUCACGGCCAGCGGGGGGCGUGGGCCCACUGCGGGCGUGCCCGUUCUCCCGCCUCGCCCCGCGACAGCCCGACCGCGCGUCCCGGCCCGCGGCGCGCUGGAUGCGGCGGGGCCCCGGCGGGCGGCGCGGUGGCCGCGGCCCCGGGCGACAUGUACCUGCUGGACGGCAGCGGAGAGCCCGCGUCUCCGCCCGCGGAUGCGAUGCCGCGCGGGACACCCCCCAGGAAGACCGUCUACCGUAUCUCCGUGACCAUGGUCAGGAAGGACCAGCUGGCCGCGCCGGUCCCCGGCGGCCCCGACCCGCGGCCGGCUCGGAGGCCCCGGCCCACGCGCUCCCCGGACGCGCCCGGGCGGCUGGUGGAGGAGGCCGAGGAGGAGGCUGCGGGCGCUGAGGACCCCGAGGGCCGCCGGCCGCGCGCCUGGGACUUCCGCACCUUCCGCACCCGCAGCACCGGGCAGCUGGAGCUCGGGCGGCUCCGGCCUUGCGCACGCAGCCUCGAGCCCGCGGACCUGGCCGGCGGCCCUCCAGCCGUGGCGGAGGGGCCCGGCUCGCCCGCGCCGGGCAGCCCCGACGUGGAGGGGGUCCGGGCCGCGCCCCUGCGGCGGAGCCUCAGCUUCAGGCACUGGAGCGGUCCCGAGGCGUCGCAGAGUCGAGCCCUGGGCCGAGGGAGGCGCCACAGCAGCUCCGGGAGUCUGGCCUGGGCACCGGGUGGCGAGGCCGCGGCCGACCCGUUGACAGCGGUGGAGCCCGCGGCCCCCGCGCAGCCGGUCUCAGAGAAGCGCAACACCCUGGACGUGGGUGAGGUGCUCAGCAAGAACGACGCGCUCUCGGACCUGGAGCGCUGGGAGCGCAGUAAGAGCAAGAACCGCACGCUGGACAACAGCGACCUGCAGCGGCUGGAGCGCGCGCGGGCGGCGGCCGCGGGCCCUGGUGCCGCUUCCGAGCACCGGCUGCUGCGCUUCUUCAGCGGUAUCUUCGCGCGCAGGGAUGGCGCACCCGGCGGCGGGCCCUCUCCCCGGAGUGGCUCCUCGCGACCCCGCGGCUACUUCAGCAGCCUCCGGAGGGCCCCAGCCGAGGCUCACUCGUCCAGCGCUGAGAGCAUCGACGGGUCCCCGCGCAGAGGUGGGCAGCGCGUCGAGGGAGAUGCCUUUGUGAAUAGCCAGGAAUGGACGUUAAGUCGAUCUGUGCCGGAGCUCAAAGUGGGCAUCGUGGGUAAUUUGGCCAGCGGCAAGUCGGCCCUGGUGCACCGGUAUCUGACCGGCACGUACGUCCAGGAGGAGUCUCCCGAAGAUAUGGAUGCAGGUGGCAGGUUCAAGAAAGAGAUCGUUGUUGAUGGACAGAGCUACCUGCUGCUGAUUAGAGAUGAAGGGGGCCCCCCAGAGGCGCAGUUUGCCAUGUGGGUGGACGCUGUGAUAUUUGUCUUCAGCUUAGAGGAUGAGAUAAGCUUCCAGACCGUUUACCACUACUACAGUCGGAUGGCCAACUAUCGGAACACGAGCGAGAUCCCUCUGGUUCUGGUGGGGACCCAGGAUGCCAUAAGUUCCACUAACCCACGGGUCAUCGAUGACGCCAGGGCACGGAAGCUGUCCAGCGACCUGAAGCGCUGUACCUACUACGAGACGUGCGCCACGUACGGGCUGAACGUGGAGCGGGUCUUUCAGGAUGUUGCCCAGAAGAUUGUGGCCACAAGGAAGAAGCAGCAGCUGUCCAUCGGGCCCUGCAAGUCGCUGCCCAACUCCCCCAGCCACUCGUCCGUCUGUUCGGCACAGGUGUCCGCUGUGCACAUAAGCCAGACAAGUAAUGGAGGCGGGAGCUUAAGCGACUACUCCUCCUCCGUCCCGUCAACGCCAAGCACCAGCCAGAAGGAACUGCGAAUCGACGUCCCUCCCACUGCCAAUACACCAACACCUGUCCGGAAGCAGUCCAAGCGCCGCUCCAAUCUCUUCACCUCUCGGAAAGGGAGUGACCCAGACAAAGAGAAAAAAGGCCUGGAGAGCCGCGCGGACAGCAUCGGGAGCGGUCGAGCCAUCCCAAUUAAACAGGGCAUGUUGCUAAAGCGGAGCGGCAAAUCGCUGAACAAGGAAUGGAAAAAGAAAUACGUCACCCUGUGUGACAAUGGCGUGCUGACCUACCAUCCAAGUUUACAUGAUUACAUGCAGAAUGUUCAUGGUAAAGAGAUUGAUCUUCUGAGAACCACUGUGAAAGUCCCAGGGAAGAGGCCACCCCGAGCCACGUCGGCCUGCGCGCCCAUCUCCAGCCCUAAAACCAACGGCCUGUCCAAGGACAUGAGCAGUUUACACAUCUCACCAAAUUCAGGGAAUGUCACUAGUGCAUCUGGGUCUCAGAUGGCCAGCGGCAUCAGCCUGGGCUCCUUCGGCAGCCGGCCGGACGGCAUGCAGCAGCGCUCCUACUCUGUCUCCAGUGCCGACCAGUGGAGUGAGGCUACGGUCAUUGCAAACUCAGCCAUCAGCAGUGACACAGGGCUGGGCGACUCCGUGUGCUCCAGCCCAAGUAUCUCCAGCACCACCAGCCCCAAGCUCGACCCGCCCCCCUCCCCUCACGCGAACAGAAAGAAGCACCGAAGGAAGAAAAGUACCAGCAACUUCAAAGCUGACGGGCUCUCCAGCACUGCUGAAGCCAAACGCAAGGCUUGGAAACUAAACCGUGUUGGUAGCCUGCGAAAUAUUUACAGCAGCAGCAGCACCAACACUGAAGAACAAGAAGAAAACUUUGAGUUUAUCAUUGUGUCCCUCACUGGCCAGACGUGGCACUUUGAAGCCACCACAUAUGAAGAGCGAGAUGCGUGGGUCCAAGCCAUCGAGAGCCAGAUCCUAGCCAGCUUACAGUCAUGUGAGAGCAGCAAGAAUAAGUCCCGACUGACGAGCCAGAGUGAGGCCAUGGCCUUGCAGUCGAUACGAAAUAUCCGCGGGAACUCCCACUGCGUGGACUGCGAGACCCAGAAUCCUAACUGGGCCAGUUUGAACUUGGGAGCCCUCAUGUGCAUCGAGUGCUCAGGGAUCCACCGGAACCUGGGCACCCACCUUUCUCGAGUCCGGUCUCUGGACCUCGACGACUGGCCCAUCGAGCUUAUUAAGGUGAUGUCAUCCAUUGGGAACGAGCUGGCCAACAGCGUCUGGGAAGAGAGCAGCCAGGGGCGGACGAAGCCCUCACUGGACUCCACAAGGGAAGAGAAAGAGCGGUGGAUCCGAGCCAAGUACGAGCAGAAGCUCUUCCUGGCGCCGCUACCCUUCACGGAGCUGUCCCUGGGCCAGCACCUGCUGCGGGCCACCGCCGACGAGGACCUGCGGGCCGUCAUCCUGCUGCUGGCCCACGGCUCCCGAGAGGAGGUGAAUGAGACCUGCGGAGAGGGGGAUGGCCGAACAGCACUGCACCUGGCGUGCCGGAAGGGGAACGUGGUCCUGGCACAGCUCCUGAUUUGGUACGGGGUGGACGUCAUGGCCCGGGACGCCCAUGGGAACACAGCGCUGGCCUAUGCGCGCCAGGCCUCCAGCCAGGAGUGCAUCGACGUGCUGCUGCAGUACGGCUGUCCCGACGAGCGCUUCGUGCUCAUGGCCACCCCCAACCUGUCCCGGAAGAACAAUAACCGGAACAGCAGCAGCGGGAGGGUGCCCACCAUCAUCUGAGGACCGCGCGCCCCCUGCCCGCCGCACCCGGGCGCCUGCAGCCUUGCGCCCUCUCUCGGAAGUCACGACACGUGAGUCCCGUCGCGUCCCCACUCUGUUCCCGCUGGUCGCCUGCCACCUGCCCACCUGCCCUCACCCCACGCGAAAUCACAAAACCUGACCGUCCUUGCGGGGCUGAAGAGGAGGCCAGGAGGCUGGCGAACGGAGUCCCUUUCAUAAACUCCCCGAGCGACAAGCAGGAGCUACCGCGGGCCUCGGUUUAUUGACGAUAGCACACAGCAAGGGACCCCCCCCCCUACGACCCCUGUCUGGCAGCCUGGAGACCUGGAGCGCUGCACAAGGGACAGGGACAAGAGGGGGAGGGGAGGCAAGGAGAAAGGAGAAGGGUAACUCUCCUUAACCGGCAGUUAAGCACAUCAGUACACUUCACCUCUACCAAACGGAACACUCGGAUUUCAUCUCCUCUCCGAGGAGCUUGACGGCAUAAAUCAGAAGCAAGCAGAGUUUGUCAGGUUUGAAGCCCCUAUGAUGGUAUGUGUCAAAUCAGUUGUAGCUAAUCUGUCCAGGGAGAAUACUGGCUUCAUUACACUUGCAUAGUUGGGUUCUUCCAGCAUUACCGCUGUUUAAUAGAACAUGAUUAGUCAUCACCGAGAAGAAAGCAUAUUAGCUGGGGAGGUAGUUACGCAGCACGCUUCGAUGAUUGCCACGAUGUGAUUGCAAUACUUCUCAGAAGCAUCGUAUCACCCCAGACAUGUUCUUCCGAGCCCUUGGAGCCCUCCUUUCUAAAUUCACUGUCAUAAUUUAGUAUCUGUUUAAUUUUUCAGUCCAAAGAGAGGAAAUCAGUUGCUGAGUAUUAUUUGACUGGAGUCUCCUUGGUGCAAAAACAAAAUGGAAAAAAUAAAUAAGAGUAAGUCGGAAAUUCAAAAGGAAAUCACGAAUGUAAGCUAAUAAUAACAUUUCGAGGCCAUGUAGUAAACUCGGUAAAGGCACAAAAGGCUUCUUUUUGUAAAUCUAUGAGAUUUUACUUCCUUUGGCCAAGGUGAAUGUCUUGGGUCUCAGUCACUGCUGGGCCACUGCUGAGUGUCACACAGCCUUCUGUGUCAUGUCUGUAGCUAAGAUUGUGAAAAUCUAUUUGAAUAAAAGAAGUUCAUAAAUAUGCAUUGAUUUUUGUUCAGACAAAUGGCACCUCUGUUAAUUUAUAAAUUGAACUGGAUGUGAACUAAUAACGUGCAACUAGUUGAGAUAAGAGGGUUACAGAUCGUUGUACAUGGAAAGCACUCCCAGCAGCAAACACUUCCAUUAAUGUGAUCGACAGCUUUUAAAAAGGAAACUAUCAGAAGACGAUGGUGGUACAAUUUGCUUAUUAAAAUCAAGAAAGGAAAAAAAAAAAAAAAGAUGCCUAUGAGAGAAAGGGGGGAGGGAGACAUGUGAUUUCUCAUUGUUUAGAUCUGAUACCACUUCUGCCAACCCAGAGGAGGGGGCCGUGGGGAAGCCAGGGAUGAGUUUCUGAGUCCCGGCCCCGGGUGCUGGGCAGAGGCAGGCAGGCCAUGACCGGCUGACUCUCGGGCCCUGCUGGCACUUCACUGGGGGGCCAGACCCUCCAUUUCCUCUACUUUGGCACCUAACCUGCCAUCCCCGAGGUGUGGGGCGACUUCGGACUUAGCUGCCUUCAGCAUGAUGGCCAAACAGAGUAAAAAAAAAUCAGAUCACAACAACUUAGGUUAAAAGGGAAGGGGUGGCUGUGCCUGGAACCCUUUAGCAAGUCCGAGUGAGAAGAGGGCUGUCUCCCUGGCAGGUGACCCUGGGUCCGGUGUCACCCAGGAGCAGGGCCACGUCUGCCCCGCCACAUCUGCCCGCAGCCUCCAGGCAGGUCUCUUGCUCUUCUGUGAUAAACCUAUUUUGUAAGAGUUUUUUCUCUUCUUUCACUUUUUAAGAAAAAAAAAAAAAUUAAGUAGGUGGGGGAAAAAAUAAAGCUUUACACAGAAUUUAUAUGUGGGUCAGUGUUUCAUGGACAUGUGUAACCUUGAUUCUGUUGUGUGGAAGCCAGCGGGCUCCGGGAACAGCAGGUGCUGAAGCCAAGAGGCUGGGAACCUUGACAACAGGUCCCUAAUCCUACCCCCACCCCCACCCCCCCACAAUUUUUAAUUCUGUGUUUCAUCACUGUGUAGUUAUUUUAAAUGUGAAUAGAAAAAAAAGUCGUUGCCUAUUUUUUGAAGAACGCGUCACUGUUCUGAUGCAGCUGUACGCGUUCGCCUCUGCACAGCCUAGCUUCUCGCAUAGACUUUAUGUAGUGAACGCAGAUACAGCAUAAAUGAAAUUCUUAAAUUAUUUCAUUGUAGUUAACUCCCACUAUAGGAAUGCUCUAUUCAUAUAGCGAAGCCUUGUUUUGAAAAGAAACGGAAUUCCUUGUCAGGCUUCCCUUUGAGAUAUAUAUGAGUGUGUACAUAUUAUUAUAUGUGUUUGUAAUAUAAUAUUUUCCCAAAUGACUUCUUUUUUCACUUAGCCUUUCACGACCUGAAUGCCAGAUUGGUUUGUUUCGUUUUGUUUUGUUUUUUCCUCCCUUCCCUCUCUCAGACACAGGGACUUCACUGAUCCCUUCUCAGAAAACUUGACCCCUCUUCUGCUAUUUUGAGCAAUGUUGAUCUGCGCUGGGAGGCGGCCAGCUUUCCUGAACCUGAGUUUUGGCAGCAGAGGGGAGGCCGUGGUGGGUUUCAAGGGUUUUCCUUGGGAAAAAAGGUGGCUGGUGGCUAAUCUGCUUGUAUUUCAGUGUCACACCAAAAGGCCUUUCUUCACUGACUGUGCUCUCAUGCCCAUCUCAAAACCUUGCAACACUGAGGCGGGGAGGCAAAAGUCACAAGGGCUGGUGUUAGAAAUGACCGGUUCGGGAAGGGGGUCGAGUUGUCACUUUCUAUUCCCAUGGAAGUUCUGUGAAGUGACAGUGAUGAGAAGACAGCACCGCGUCAUCCCCAUAGCCUGUUCUAUCCAGAAGUAAGUUUCCCCGAACUUGAAACCACCUGCUGGGGUAGGCACAGGUGCCUGCGGUCACCGGGGAGGGUAGCUUCCCCAUCUGGCCAGAAACUCUGCAGACGAAGGAGCCUCGAUUCUGAUCCCUUGAGAGCAGACUUCAAGAACUGGGUAGGAGGAUGGCUCGCCAAGCCCAGAGCCCUAGUCAUGGGGCCCUGGCCCCUCUGUCUCCGGUUGUCCCAGGAGAUGAGCAGCUCGAGGGUGAGUGACAUGUUCAUAAGUCUCUGGCCCCAUGAGCCGGCACAGUUCUAUGUCUCCCAGGAAGAGUUAUCCCGGAGAGCAGGGGAAGGCAGGGGGUCCUUGCCAAUCCCAGGGCUGUCGAGGGCUCUUGCGGAUUACUCUUGACCGGAACCCUAAAAGGAGCCCAUUCUCUACCCAUGACCCCAGGCACCGAGGCAGGGCCUUGCUCUUCUGCCUGUCUUCUGAAGUUUUGUCUAGCCUGAUGCCACCUACCCAGCCUCUGCCAUCAGGCCUCGGGACCAGUCUUCCCCAGUUUUGUAACCUCUGCGCCCUUCCAGAGUCAUCCUCUCCAUCUGCAAAGGAGCAGCCACUGACUUCAUGAGGGGAGAACAGGGUCCAGUGAUAAAGACAGCCAUAGGGCUGAGCAGACCCAGCGUCACCCGGCUUUGCUGCCCCUCCUGGGUGACCCUGGCCAGGUCCUCAGCUUUGGGGCGCUCUUUCCUUAACCGUGAAACUGGGGGGAGUAGCCUUGCAGGAUCCAAUGACCCUUUGGUUUCCAAGCAGUGUGAUCACUGCCAGCCAAACACCCAUCCAGGGGCUGGAAGCUCAGGAAAUGGGAGUGUUCGGGAAGAACAGAGAUGCUGAUGGCAUCAAAGCCUGUGCACCCACAUAGAGAGCGGCCCCCAGGCUAGAGGUGCUCGCGUUCUCCAGCCGCGCCCUGGGGAGCCCGUGACAGCAUGCUCGCCAGUCCCCCUCCCCUAGGCCGAGCCAGAGGAUGAGCGAGGCUCUCUGUGAGCCCCUGCCCCGAGGGGUGAGCUCCAGUGCUCACUUCCUGAUGUUUAUCCUCCUGUCUUCGUGGUCUGAUUUUGCUUUUCCAGAGGCAAAGUAAAGGUUGAGUCUUACCCUCAUGCAUUCACCAAGAUCCCUUGAGGCCCAAGGUGACCCCUUCUCUCUGACGCCAUGCUGUGUCAUUGGCUCAAACAGGCUUCCCACCCUUCAGAAGCCACCAGGAGGUUGCUGUCCACACUUGGCCCUCAGAGCUUGCCGAAGAGCACCCUGGCUGGCAGAGGUCGAGGCCCUGGGGCCUCUCGUGCGUCACUUAGACGCUUGCACAGUGAGCGGGCACCUCCCCAGAGCUGCUCUCCCUCUUGAGGCUGGCGUCCGGCUGAUCUUGUGCCUGCAGCUGGUGAACGUAACUCCCCCCUCGAGGGCGGCCUUGGGUCCUACCCGGACCCCAGCCUGAGCUGUGCUCCAGCUCACCACGGCUCCAGUUCUGCCAUCCCUUCCUCCUGGCAUUUAGGAUGCUCUGGAAAUAAGAAAUCCACAUUCCCACCUAGGGAGGUUCAGAAGCCUUGCAGCAAUGUAGAGCCUCUACAAGUAAGUAUGAUCCGGGCUCCAGAACUUCUCAAAAGGCAAAGAUAAUUGGAAAGCAAAUCCAUUACCCCUCCAUGGGCUGUUUGCCCCUCCCCCACCUGCUCUAUUUCCAUCCCUCACGCGCCCCACAAGGUCGGCAUGACUUUCUAGAACUCCCCUGGAUUGUAUUUAUGUCCUUCAAGCAAACAAAUUGAAAAGCAGUCAGGAAGGAAUUCAAAUAGAAAUGUGCUGAAGAUACACAUCUUUCUUUCCCAGGAAAUAUAAUUUAUUUCUAACUGCCUCCCGAACAUGGGCUUCACACAUUGUGAAGUCCUGUCUUCAAGUGAUUUUCACCCUCAUCCUUCACCAAAAAGCUAAAUUAGGGCCUUUGGCAUCCAGACUUGGAUUUUUCACUUUGGGCCAUUAUCAACAAUGUUGCUUUUUCUUGAAUUCCUAAGUGGCUUUCUUCUGGAAGCCCUGUGGUCAUUGAGGCUUGGUAUGGGCCCCGCCCAUGCUGCGGCCUGGCCAGGCCCCCCAAGUGUGCGGCUCACACGGGCAGGGGUCUGGCUCCCCACCUGGCCCGAGGUGGGGUUGUUGGCCUGUACCCUGCACCUUGGUGGGCCCUUCACGGUUCAAGCAUCUCAGGUCACCUUUCAGUCAAAAUGUUGAAUUGCUUCCAGUUAUGCAGGAGAGAUAAGGGGGAGUGGGUUCGUCCCUCGAGCAGACAGGAACAGCGUCAGGCUUUUAUUUCCACUGCGACCCGAAGUGACCCUUGGGAGCCGGAAGGGCCAGGCUGCUGGAGAGGAGAGUGCCUCCCUGGCGCUCAGGGUCAGCAGGCCCACACGGGACCCUCUCCGGGAAGAAGGGACCGGUGACAGCUUAGAACUCCGAUUUCAAAAACAUGGGUGUUCUUCCCCUUCUAGAAGAAAGGUUGUCCUUACGGAGAUUUUUUUAAGCAAUAUUGAUGGAUUCCCCAUUUCAUUUUGGAUGUCUGCUGCUUUUUUGAGCACGGACUGACACUUCUUCCCAGUUCCAGUUUCUCAGUGUGGGUCAAGAGUGGAAAGUGGAGGACGUUUCCUCCGCAUGGGAUUCCGUAAGACCACAAAGUCUGGUGUUCGGUUUGCGAUUUUUAAAGCACCCAAGUUCUAGAAAUCGUUCCACUUCACCAGUGUGGGUAACAGCUUCCCAGGGCACAGGCUCAGGAUGGCAGAUAUGAAAGCCUCUCCUUACCGCAUUUCAUUCCGGGGGGGCUGCUUCUGCUCCUGGCUGGUAGCAUCUGGUGCUGGAGCUUGCUCCUGCUUGGUAAAAACGCCCUCGUCCGAGGCCCUCAUCCCACCUAAAGGGCCCGUGGUGCCCAGAGGCAGGUGUGCCCAGCAUCUACCCGCCAUGAGCCGUUCCUGCCAAGCAGACAAACUAGGGUCUGUCUGGGUGUCCCCUGGCUCCCGGCUGCUGCGGGGUCUGUGCAGGGCAAGCUGCCUUCGUCGGGGCGCACGAGGUCAGCUCAGGGCUUGUGUUUUAUUUGGACCUGGUGUGUGGCUUCUGCAGAGAACGCCCCCGAGGGUCAGGAUGGAGCCAUAUGACAGAGACUUGCCUGUCAAAGUCAAGUGAAGUCUAACCUAGAAUUCACGGUCAGUGGGGAUCCCGUGUCUGUCCUUCAUCUUGAGACACAGGUGAAAGAAAGUGAUACUACAUGUAAGAGCUUUGUGGGAUCUGCCAAACGAACAACGAGGUGUUAGGAACAGCUGCCCCCAAACCAGUGUGUGCCCUGAUCUCCCCGUGCAGUGUCCACAAUGGCCUGGGAAGCAAAUAUCUGAGCUGGCCCAAACACGAGUAACAGGCUGUGGCACCAACCCCCAGAAGCCCACACCGUCAGUGAUCCCACGAGUAAAAUGGGGAGUGUCCAGGCUUGAUGGAGGAUGUCGCCGGGCUUUCCACCCCUGGUCUAGCACCCAGAUGUAGAAAGCCUGAGUGACGGGCCUCUUUCAAAGACCCUGGGGCAGCCCAGCUGAUGACCACUGCACCCAGCUCGUCAGCUGACAUUCCAGAGUGGCCUGGGGAAAGAAUCAUCCCACCUGGGCUCCUCAGGGGUCGGAGGACAGAGGGGACCAAGGGUGCAUGAGCUGGAGCCAGAGCGGGCAGUGAGUCCUCACUGACCACUCACAGGAGCACAGCACGCCCUCCCCGUCCUGCCCCAGGGCGCAGGGGCGGACCUGAGUGGGAACCGGGCUGCUCCAUGGUGCAUGGGUGACGGGUAUGUUUAGAAACUGCUUUAUGGCACAUCACACAUCUCGAGGUUAGAAGUCAUGCCUUCUCCAAACCCUGAAAAAAUCACGGUUUCCCUCCUCCAGCUGAGCUUUUGUCUAAAAUAUAUCAAACUCGAGACAACGCCUGUCCCAGUCUGAGCACCCGGGUCCCGGGGAGGAUGCCGUGUAGCCUUGACCAAGGGCACUGCACAAAGCCUUGGGACCCCUGAGCCGGCUGCCCCAGGAAGGACUGCAGGAGUUGGCCACUCCAGGCCCAGGCACGGCCACUUGGGUUCUGAGAGUGCUUCCUGCUCCCAGACAGCCCCCCACUCCUGCCCAUGACCUUGAAUGGGGUUCUUAUAGGGCCACACAUGUGUUUCUGAACAGGAGCCUGAGCUGGUCAAAGGUGGCAGCCAGGAGGCAUCUCUUGCAGGGAACAGGGAAGGCCGAGUCUCUGCUCACCUCUCAGCACAUUUUUCUGUUUCUGUAAAUAGUGAUGUAUAGAAGAUGGAAGAGCGGUCCGGGGUUUAUCCAGAGAUGGGUUUGGUUUCUUUGGGUUUUUUUUUUUUGGUUUUUUGGGGUUUUUUUUUUUUUUUUUGGUUGUCUUUCUAUUACCUCAUUCAGCAAGUUUGUUUCACAAUGACUCAAUGAUGCUUUAUUUAUGUUGUUUGUACUGUAAUUAAAACCAUUGACAGACAUUUCACUUUGCUUGUUAUCUCAUAUGAUUUUGUUUUGAUUAAAUAUGCCAGUUUGUAUUUUCCUGCAUUGGGAUUUUUUUUGUGUCAGCUGUACAGUAUUCUAAGGGGGG